CAGCAGCGCCUCGUGAACACAUCGAACAAGCAGCAGUGCUCCAACGCGUGUGUUCAAUAAACCUCUGUACGGGGUGUGUGUGAGCGUGUGUGUGUGUGUGUGUGCGUACCCGUGCCCUACAGCAGAUAAGUGAACAGUGCAGUGUUGCUGUGAUUGUACUGUGAAAUCCAUUCAAAAAGCCAAAAAUGUCGCAAGGAUAUGGUGCAGUCGCGGUCGGUGUGCUGCUGUUGGCCCUGGUUUGUCAAGGCGCAGUCGGUGAGCCUGAAUCCGGUCCGGCCGGUACCGGCACCACUCCAACCAAACUGGACGACUACGUGCUCAACACUCAGUCCGAGUGUUACAAGUCCAAGCGGCUGCUGUCCUGCUUCAAGUAUCGCUUCUCGCGUUACCUUUGGUCGUUCGCUACCGGGCGUAUGAAUUGGUUCGCCUCGGAGAACCAGGCCGUCGAGACCACCGGUGGGCUGAAGCUCGUGCGGCUGAACGAACCGAAGGAGGACGAUGUGUUCCCGGAGGCGCGCCAAAUAAGCCAGUACGAUAGCGAGAUCAUCAAGGGUGCCAAGUUCCUGCAACGAUCACUCAACACCUUCAUCGCAAGCCAUGGUGUGCAGGUGGGCAUGGGAGCGGAGAGUGGGGCUCGCUUCAUGGCCGACGAUGACUUUGAAGCCCGUGGCAAGAAGCAGAAGCAGCGCAAAUGGAGCCUGAUCCUUCCGCUCGCCGUCAUGCUGAAGCUGGUGCAUCUGAAGCUGCUCCUAAAGCCGAUCCUGCUCGGUGUGGGACUCAUCCAGGUGCUGCUGAUUGCCGGUGGGCUGCUGCUGUUCCACUUCUUCCGUAACACGAACAUCUGCAAGAUACAGCCGCACGUCAUUCACGCCCAUUCCCACAUCUCGAGCGAAUCUAGUCCCGAACUGUCCUAUGCCUCGUACGGUGCUUACCCGUCCUAUUCGGCCUCCCCGUACAAUGCGUACAGCAAGGAUUGGGCCAGCAACCGAGCGUACAGCGGAUACAGCUUCCUCGAUGCCAUCGAUAAUCAUAAGAUCUAGAACAUUCAGCGCUACCCGUUCCAUAGUGUAAACCCUGCUGACGGUUCGAGCCUCAACCUUUCCCCACCCUAGCUACUCUAGUCCUGCUUCCAUCUUGACAGCACAUUUUCGCCUCUCUCUCUCUCUCUCGCCCUCUGUCCGUAGCAUUGAUCUUUUCUUUUACCAAACACGUCAUUCCCUAUCUGAUGCUUCAUUUUUCCUGCUUAAGCACGCACCCUCUGUUUUAUCUGUAGCUUUUUUCAAUUUUCACUUCAUUCUUUACUCUUCGUAUUCCAUCUGUUGGCUGCUCAUUUAGAGGCGCAUGUUUCCCUCUUAUCAAAAGCUUGCCUCCACAAAUUUUAUUCCUCAGCUCGUUCCAGGCGUCUAGUGGUAAUUUGAUGAUUAAUGUAUUUAUUUGUUGAUUUAAUUAUUUAUUGAAUUAUUUAUUUGUUCGUUUGUGUGGCAUUGCAGCCCAUAGUAAAGCGCCCAGGAUAAGAUUCCCACGCUCAUGCUCAUGAUAGGAGAAGAGAAGAAGGCUAGCCAUGCUGAAGGAUACGGGUGACAGUGUCCUGCGUCUGGUUAGCCCACGUAGAUAGAAUAAAACAAAAAAACUUAACACGGAUGCGGUGAAUAAAUCGUGUGAAAAUACAACCAAACUUGAUGGACGUUUUUAUUUGCUGCUCCGGGUUCUACCGUUCUGCUUUAAGCUUCUGCUUGCGACCCUUGUCCGCAACGGGUAGACCCAUCGUAGUUGUGUUCUCCCGGAGGAUACGCAAUAUGGACUCAUUUUUUAUCGAUUUCAUAUCCGACAUUUAAUACUCAUCGAAGGACGAAGGGUCAUCGACAGCCUGACUAAGGGCUUUUUAUCCAGCGUCCGUCAGCUCUUGUUAACACUUUGAUGGUCGUUUGCAUUAAAUUCUUUGACAGGCCUGCACAACGCUGUGUAGUUAACCAGUUACUUCGUUUCGAGAAAUGCUCUAGUGUGGCUUGGUUGUAGAGACGCAUUAUUUGAUUUAUAUUUAAUUUAUAAUGAAGUUUAAUGCUAGGUAAAGACGGACAAUGCAGCAUCCAAACUGAGAACAUUUUUUUCGGAAAUUUUACUACGCGAAAGUGUUGUCAUGAUUAUUAAGCAAAAAUCUGGCGAAAGACCGAGAAUUAAAGCAAUAAAAAAUACUGUUUUCUGGUGGUAUAUGCAUCCUGACACUAAAGUGGGAAAGACGGACACACUGUGGUAGGGAAAGAUGGACACCGGAUUUGCUAUUACACGCUCCAUGCUGAUUGGGCACUUCACGAAACCCAAUAUCUUGCCUCGACUUGGACCACUUUAAUCAACAAAAAAAAGCGAAAUUGAUAUGACAUCGUUUAGGAAUAGAUGAGAGAUUCUAUGGGAUUACAACGAUCAGAAAGUAAAAUUUUGACAUGGUGGAAAAAAUGGCUUGAUCUAUUAACCCCUCCUGCUUGAAGUCCCUCAAACUUGCUGGGGUCGUGGACUUUCGAUUGUUGUACUGUAAGCUACAGCAAUGUCAGCUUUUAGUACGGGAUAUUUAAAUAAUACAUGAGUUUUUGCAUUCUACAAGGUGUUAGAAGAGGCGAUUACAAUUCCUAAAUUCGCGGCUUAAUGAACCGUCGUUUGAAGAAUGUUAAGUUAAGUUUAGUUUAGUGUUUAUUAAUCGAUAGACUACAACACCCUUUUGAGUCAAAUUAC